AUGGCGGUGACGAUGCGACGUAAUUGGUUCGAUGACGAAUUCGCUUUACGACAUCGCGAUUCAUGGUGGAGCCGUGACGAUUGGUUCGACGACUGGAAGGAUUGGCCAGCCGAUUGGCCUCGACCAAGAGAUCUCAUGAGCAGGUUCUGGCGCGAUACCGAUCAUUGGUGGCGUGAUUGGCCGUCGGACUGGCCUCGCAUGGAUGCUGUCAUGCCGAGAUUCACUUCUCAUCUGGAUCGUAUCGAUCGCAAUUGGAGAAACGAUCCGUUCUGGCAAGACAUCUAUCCACGUUGGGCCGAGCCAAUCUUUAAGGAGGGUAUUGACGUUCACUCCAACAUCAUCAACGAUGAGCGGAGAUUUGCCGUUGAAGUGGACUGUUACCAGUUUAAACCUGAGGAAAUUCAGGUCAAAACUCAAGACGAUACGCUGAUGAUUGAGGGACGUCAUGAAGACGUGCGUGACCGUGACAACUUUACUAAAAUGUAUUUUGUACGAAAAUAUCAGAUGCCACGUGACGUCGAUCAUGCUCGUAUUUCAAGCAGUAUUGAUUCUCGAGGACGUCUCACGGUCGAAGCACCUCGUCGAUAUGCGGUUUCGGGAAGAGACAGAAUGAUUCCGAUUGAAGGCAGUGGGCAACGUUCGCAUUCGUCAUCAUCACACCGUGAGCGAAUGCAAGAAUCUUCAUAUUCAAGUAAGCAUUAA